AUGGAGAAAACUUCCGAAGAUUCAGUACUACAAACAGUAAUUCAGUAUACCAAGCAAGGUUGGCCGGUGAAAAUCAGCAAUCUUCCAGUUUCUGUGAAGCCUUUCUUCAAGCAUCGCCAUGAAAUUUCCUAUCAGGACGGUUUAGUGUUUCGUGGGGAUCGUGUCGUGAUUCCAAGCUCGCUGCGUCGAAUGUUAACUGAAAAGCUUCACGUGGGCCAUCCCGGAAUCGAAGCCUCGCUGAGGCUCGCCAGAUCUAACAUCUUCUGGCCCGGAAUGAAUGAUCAAAUUAAGAAUCGUAUCCAGGAAUGUGAAACUUGUGCCAAAUUCGCUGCAUCUCAAACAAAGCCUCCCAUGAAAUCCCAUCCUAUACCAGUAUAUCCAUUCCAGCUGGUAUCAAUGGAUGUCUUCUUUCAAGUGUAUCAAGGAAAGCAACGUAAAUUCCUAGUAACCGUGGACCACUAUUCCGACUAUUUUGAAAUUGAUAUCCUCAAAGACUUAACUCCUUCGUCAGUCAUUCAGGCAUGUAAACGCAACUUCGCUUGUCACGGAACACCUCAAAGGGUCAUAUCGGACAAUGGUUCAAAUUUUGUCAAUGAGGAAAUGGUGCAGUUCAGCAAGCAAUGGGACUUUAAGCACUCCACCUCGGCUCCGUAUCACCAGCAGGCAAAUGGGAAAGCCGAGGCUGCAGUAAAAAUCGCAAAGCACUUAAUCAAGAAGACAGCAGAAUCUGGUCAGGACCUGUGGUUGGCGUUACAGCUUUGGCGUAAUACACCGAACAACAUCGGUAGUAGUCAGGCAUCGAGAUUGUUUUCCCGUGGUACGAGGUGUGCCAUUCCUAUGCCGGGUACGAACUUGGUACCUAGUGUCGUCGAAAACGUGCCGGAAGCAAUUUUAAAAAAUCGACAGAAGAUAAUAUAUGACUACGAUAAACAUUCUCGGCGCCUGCCCGAACUGGACAUCGGUUCUCCAGUGUAUGUCCAACUUAGACCGGAAUCAUCUAAGGUGUGGACUCCUGGAAUAGUGAAAAACAGACUGGGAGAUCGAUCGUAUAUGGUUGAAGUCGAAGGAACCAGUUAUAGACGAGAUACUGUUAACGUUAAACCACGCAAAGAACCGGUUGCACCUCUUGUGACCAUUCAGGAUUGUUUGCCUAGCACAUCCACUGCAACCACUUUCGUGACAGUCCCAGACUGCACUCAACCUGGAUUACCUUCACCUGUAAUACCAACCAUGGGAUUCUCCGGACCUGCUGCUUUGACUACUGUGGUGGAACCUCAACGAUCCGAUGUCUCUCAACAGCUUUUAAGUACCCCAUCUACUUCCGCAACUUCUAACAGUGCGUCUCCACGGGCUGCACGUCCUAAACGUCAAACCAGAAUUCCCUCUAAGUUUAAAGAUUUCAUUGUUGCAAUGAAGUAG